AUGUCUCCCUCUGCCAACACUCUAAACAACACUGUCCCCAAAAGCGACGAGGCCCCGGCCUCACCAACCAAUGAGGUGGAGAAGAAGCGUGCGGAAGCGGCGGCGGACGCGGAGAAGUCGGGUGGUGCGGCGGAGAAGGAGCAGGAGAAGGAUGAGAAGGGGAAGGAGAGGGAGGAGGAAAAGGAGGUGGAGGAGGAGGGGGGAGACGAGGAUAACCCUGACGACGACGUGGAGAUGCAGGGGACGUCGUCUUCUGAGGAAGGGGACGUCCCGCGUGCUCGGGCUACGCCCCGCAAGCAUGGUGUCCCGUCCGCUACGGUGAGCGUUCUACUUCCGCCCCUCCGCAUGGUCACGAGCGAGCGCGCGCAGCCUCCCCGCGAGAAGCGCAAGCGGGCGGAGGCGUACGGGUGUUGGUCUUGCCUUUGGCGGAACAUCGACUGCGAACCGAGUGCGGGCAGCGGAGGAUCGUGCGCCGCCUGCGCCACCGCUCGUUGCAAGUGCGCCUCGACCGAUAGUCCGCCCCCGGACCCAAAGCACCGCUACUAUCCCCGCGACGGGUGGCAGUGGGACUGCGCCUUCCCGUUCUGGAACGGCAGGAAGGGCUCCGCCCAUGCGGAGGACUUCCGCGACAGCUCCGCGUCGGCCCCGCGCAGCAGCACGCGCGCGCUCCCGCGCGCCCGUCCCGCCAUCUCCGCGGGCGCUGCUCCGCAACCUGCCGGUCUUCAAGAUUUCCUCACCAAGGCAGGCAAGUUCAUGAAGUUCGUCGGCGACUUUGCGGAGAGGGUGGACGCCCGCGAUGCGGAGCUUUUGGAGGAGAUGCGGGCGGCGCGGGUCGCUGCGGAGUCGGGCGCCAACGACUUGCGCCGCUUGGUGGAGUUGAUGGAGGCGCAGCAGGGGCCUGGCCGCUACUGGCAACCUGGCCCACCUGCUUCGGAGGCGAGCACCAGCGACUAUUUUGGGAGUGGCAGGGGAAGGAAGAGCAGGAGCGGAGGGCGGAAGGGUGCGGGAGGUGGCGGAGCGGGUGCGGAGGACUCGUCGGGAAGGGGGUUCUGA